AAAUGCUGCGAAUAAAUCUAAUAAUUUUAGUUUUAUUUCUGACAUUUAUAAUUGUUGUCAAUUGUGAGGUAAAUGAAAAUGUUAUGGAAAUUUCAGAAAAUGAUACCACAGUUGAAAAGGCAAACUUUUUUAGCAAAUUAUCAAAACUUAUUUUAGCUAAAGGUUUGAAUUUUACAUUUAAUUUGAUUACACAUAAUAAUGACAAUUCAAACAAUGAUACAAUUGAUGGUUACAAUAAUGAUGAUGAUAAUGAUAAUACUAAUAAUGUGAUUAAUGACAAUACCGAUGCAGACAAUGACAAUAUUAUUACUGAUGAGCCAAUUCUAUAUAUUAAUCAAGAAUCAGAUAUUACAUCUGAUAGCGGAUCCAAUCAACCAAUAAUUAGUAGUAAAUCCUAUAAAGAUAUUGAUUUUAACAAUGAAACUGAAUUAUUCAAAGACGAUAACCAAACUGAAAGUAAAUCUAAAGUAUUAACUGACACUAAUAGUCCAGUUAGUAGUAGUAGUGAUGGUGAUGGUGAUGGUGAUGGUGGUAGUGGUAGUGGUAGUAGUAGUAGUAGUCAUGAAUUAUCAACUACUAGUGUAUCGAUUUUUGAAAAAUACUUUGGAAACAAAGCCAAUGAUGAAGAAAUGGAUAAUGAAUUUGAAGAUAAAGAAAAAAAUAUUGUAAAAUUGGUAAACAAAAUAACAACUCAAUUGAAACAUCAAAACAAUGACAAUCAAACUGAAGACAUCCAUCAGAAGAGUUACCACCGAAAACACAAUCAAUCAUAUGAUGAUAAUCACCAGGAAAUACAAGAUGACAGCAAUUCAGUAACACUAAAGUCUAAUGAAUCUAACAGUUUGUUAGUGAAUCAAUCAACGGGACAGUCUAUCGAAGAUAAUAUAGCAAAUAUUACAUCAAAAAUUGAUGAUGAUAUGCCAAAAUCAACUAAUGGAUCAAUAUUUGCAAACCUAAUCGAUGACAAUAAUAUAAAUGUAUUUUAUAGCUAUGCCUUAAUUGGUCUAUUUUUCAGUGUAUUGGUUUUGCUGUUAAUAUUUGCAUAUAUAAAAUGCGACAAUAAAAAUGAUUUUAUUGAUAAUAAUAAUAAAGUUUAUGCCAAUUAUAGUAACUGUCCUAAAGAUGAAGAACUGUUAGAUGAUAUGGAUGUCGACACCACCGAGUCUUAUACUUUGAGUAAAUCGCGAAACAGAAAAUAUAAUAGUUAUUUAUCAAAGUUUAAGACCUACUUUACUUCACAUAUUGACUGA